AUGGAGAAAAUCAACACCGGGGAUGGACAACUUUUCAUAAAGAAUGUCGCUAGCUACGUUCGCACCCACGAAAAGGCCCUCGCCAAUGCACUACAGCUUCGUCGUCAACCCACCAAAAAUGCCAUUCCACAAUCACCUAGUGUUCCUUUGACACCUGGUAGCUCCUUCGCCUCAACUUCAUCAACCCUAGCCGCAGCCUUCUCAUCCGCAGCAUUGAAAUUCAUGUCGCAGAACGCCAAAACCGCCAAACUUACAUUGACUCCCCACCACCUUUUCUACCUUCUCUCCCGCUUCGAAGAAUUGACCAUUGCCGUGGGCCCUAUGAACAUCAGGUUGGAGAAUAUUCAAACUGAGGUUUCGCAAUCAUAUGUCUCAUUCUUGAACAAGCCCCAACAGUCCCGGGGCGAUCGGGCCUCCAUCCAUUCAGUGUCCAGUGUUCGUAGUGUGAUGUCUGGUAUGACCGAUCUUUGGUCAUCUUUCCGCCUUGGAUCGAAGGAUACCCCAACCAAAUCGGACAGGGCCAAGGCCGCCUUGGAAACAGACCUGAAGUACCUAUACUCUGCCUUUACUAAGAUCCCGUGUCUUCGUCUCGCCCCGGACCACCGUGCUCCUCUGAUCUCUGGUUAUGAAGAAUUUCCUUUCGACACAGCUGUGCCGCUGCACUCCUUUAAGAAUUUGAGCGCUUUAGAGAUUAUUGAUCUAGACUACCGUUCUUUCUAUGGCUGGGACAGAUUGUCUGAGCAACUACGCACCUUGACCAUCAAGAGAGCCCACCUAGAUGAUCCGGCUGAUCUUUUAACGAGAAUUGUGUUGGACGAUAUCGAUAAACGCCGCCGCCGGUCUGCCAAGUCUCAACAUUCGCCUUCACUGGGAUGGUCUGGCAGUCAACCGGUUCACACUCCCGACCAGGCCAACUCGAUCUCAGCCCCUGGAUCUCCUAUUGUGGACACAGCAUUCGGAACCAGCACUAGUCCCAGAUCUGCCCCGAUGUUCCGAACCGGCUCCGAAGGCGCCAGAAUUCGUGCCAGGGCCGGCAGUGUCUCUCCAACUCGACCGGGCACUAAGCACGGUCACCGUCGAGGCCAAUCUCGGCAAAUUCGCCGCACAGGCUCCGCAAGCUCUGAGUCAAGCGAGACCUCUACCACCCAUCGAAGUGGAAGCUCCACAAACCUUCUCGCAGACGUCCUCUCACCUUCAAAAUGGCGAUUCCUGCGACACCUAGGCCUUCCCGAAAAUUCCCUGACAUCCGUCUCUGCUGCUAGUCUCGCCCCUGUAGCCAACAGUCUCAACUCGCUUGAUCUGUCCUCCAACCUCUUGACAGAGAUUCCCGAGGGUGUGGCGUCACUGGUGGCACUGAGAGCCCUCAAUUUGUCGCAUUGCAUGAUCGAGUCUCUUCACUCACUCACCCGGAAUCCCCUUCCCGCAAUCACCGUUCUCACCCUCCGCGGAAAUCGCCUUCGUUCGCUUGCAGGAAUCGAGCGGUUGCUCUCUUUAGAAAGGUUGGAUCUUCGUGACAACAACCUCACGGACCCGACGGAGAUUGCACGGCUGACCAGUCUCCCUGAAAUACGGGAGAUCUGGGUAUCUGGCAAUCCAUUCGUCAAGACCCACUCUGGAUAUCGGGUUGUGAUUAUGAACCUCUUCCGCCGGACGCCUGGUUAUUCCGAGGAUAUCAUAAUUGACGGGAGAGGUCCGGGAUACACCGAGAGGAAGCAACUUGUUGAGCGAGUUGCAGAGCCUCAAGCUGCACCGGUUGUACGCUCCAGCCCGGCAGAUGCCUCAACUGUUGUGCAGAAGUCUACUAUCUCGAAAGUUCCCCACGAUCUUGCAAUCUUCAAGCCCGAAGAAGACGAAGGAGAUUUGCACAUCAAUGGCACACAACUGAAGGAAAGUGACGGGGGAACCAACCGUCGCAAAAAGCUCCAACGACGCAGGAUAGUCGAUAUCUCGGUGGAUAACCCAUUUAACACUGAUGGUUUAGGCAAUGCGGGAAGCACGGUCCUCCCCGCUCUUCCCGUUCAGCAAGUCCAGCCGCCAGUUGACCAUCCGAUUGUUGUCCCUGUUGAUCAGCCGUGGAGGCUGGAUAGCGCCGCGCACUCCGGAUCAUCAAGCAUCCAAAGCCCUGAAAAGUCUGUACAUUCGAGUCCUCCUCUUGUACAGGCCUUGCAGGGUAAGGACAGGACGAUGGAUGAAGAGUUCUGCCGCCAGCAGCUGGAAGUUCUUCGUCAGGGCGUGGGCCAUAACUGGCUGACUGUUCUCGGCGAAAAUGACUGGAACAACUCCCAUAAAGACUUCGCUCACAGCUCUGGGGUGGGCUUGGAUCAUUCCCCUCAUCUUUCCACGCCUCCAAUAACCCGCUCGAAUACCCAAGCAAUCCUGAGCGGACACGCGCUUAGCGGAUAA